UACAAAUGUCCAAAUGUAAUGUCCUUUCUUGUUUGGGGGAAGAACUGCACAUAUACAUCCAUCAUGUAUAUGACAUCUCCCCUGCCGUAAUAUGAAUUUACAUAAACAAUAACCAAUAUGUGUUGGUGAAUAGGCAUUCGACCAAAAUAUAUUGGAACGAUAAAAUAAUGAUAGAGCAAAAUUUUAGACGGGAAAAUUGUCGGAAUGGGGAAAAUGCAUGCAGCUAUCCAAUGUCAUAUGGUCAAUUCAACCUGUUCGCAUUGACAUCUUAAUUGUUUAGCCAUGAACGGCAACUCACACAUUCGCUUCUUGAUAAUUGAAUUCAGGACUACACGUAAAAUUUUCGUCCAAUAGGAAAUGACCGGACGUUAUUUCAUUUUCUGUGCAGUUUAAAAGGGCGUCACGAUGAAUCUUUCUCUGUCAUGGCCGUAUAUAUUUGACAUAAAAGCGUUUAUCAUUCAGGUUUUCCAGUUUGGUGAUAAGCCGAGUACUUGAACCAAGGCUGGCCUUCACGUCGACUAAUUAUCAAAAUGCUGGUACGAAGUGAUCGAUUUAACAUCGCUCUCAUCUGACGUUUGAUUGAUUAUCAGUCAUUUCAUUCGAUUGUUUUCAUGUUUAACAUGUUUUUCAGUGUCGUAUCCAUCGUGUGUUUGGUGUUUUUCGCGGGAAACGUUCAUUUCACUGAAACAUUGUCUAUAAAUGAAGAACCAAGAGUGAAGUCUAUACGGCUGGUUGGUGGAUUGACGCCCUGGGAGGGCCGAGUAGAAAUACUUCAUGGUGGUGAAUGGGGAACAGUAUGUGAUGAUUUAUGGGAUCUUGCCGAUGCACAUAUUGUCUGUUUGAGCAUGGGUUACGCAUAUUCUGUGGCCGCUUUAAGUGGAGCUCCGUUUGGUGAAGGCACAGGCGACAUACUCCUAGACGCGGUAGAAUGUUAUGGGAACGAAUCCUCCAUCUUGGAUUGCCUUCACGAUGGAGUAGGAAUUCAUGACUGCAAACACGAUGAAGACGCAGGAGUUCGCUGUUCUAUAAGUGCAGGUAUCAACUAAAUUUCUGGAUGAAAAAAAAUCGCCAUUACCCCAUUUUGUGCGAAGUUUAAUGUAAAUGCUGAUUUUUGCUCGUAACUAUGAAGCGGUCUUGUAUAGUCCAAGUCAGUUCAACACAGGAUCCGUCCCGGUAAAGUACGUACUUGGGGUUUGCAUGAAAGAGACACAAACGAAAUCAGAAACAGUCCACAAUCUUAGAUUUUUAAAGAACCUUUUGGUACAGCAUUUGAAACGUUUUGGUUCCAAACAGUAUUCUAUAACCGUUCGUUAUACAAGGAAUCAUCUACGGUUCUUUAUACAAGCUAUGGUUUUUUGUUGCUGUGAAUUCAUAAUCUAACAAUGGAUUGUUUCGUAUUAUAGGUUCAUGUUUUGAAGAACCAUAAACGAAAUGUUCUAAUCAGCACAUUGCUUUCUAAGAAUGCAGGACUGUUGUAAAGACGACAGUAACACCAGGACGUUCUGACCAGACAAGACUUAGGUCUAAGGUAUUGUGUGUCACGGCUAUCAGCUUUGUCCAAUGAGAAGGCUCGGGCACCACUGGGAGAUGAACCUUUCAUGAAAUAAUUUAUUUCGUAUAAGU